ACGAUCUCAGAAUAACGACAUACUUUUUUUAUUAAUCUCACCGCUUCGCUCGCAACAGAUCUUGGUGUUCAUUUUUUCGAAAGCUAUCACUAUAAAAGCGUUUUGUUUCCCUUUCUCACUCAAUUCCUGACGAUCGUCUAACGAAAAUGUAUCGAAAAAUUAUUAUAACCUUCGCCCUGUUAGAGGUGGCAUUCGCCUCCUUUCUCGAUGGCGAUUUCAAGCUGCUUGAUGGUGUUAAACUUGUAGCCGUACGGGAUUCAAACAGCAUAGAAGAUGGGAGGUCGUUCGGAAACAAGCCGCUUUACAGAAUAGCGAAGUUCCUCCAGAACCACGAGUUGCAUGUUAAGUUGCCGAAUUUAAUCGAAAAAGACAAGAUCGGUCAGAUCUUCUCGGAAUCGAUGAAAAUUAUCGACGAUUCGAAUAAGGAAAAUAAUGCAACCGGACGAGGUAAGGGCGAUGGUGGGGCUAGUUCCUUGGCAUUACUAGGCCUCAUGUUCGCGAAAACUAUUGGUGCUGCUGGUAUAGGAGGUCUCGGUCUAUUGACUAUGAAGGCAUUAGCGGUAUCAGCUCUCGCUUUGAUGCUGUCAGCGAUCGUUGGAAUCAAGAAGCUUACCUCACAUGAUGACCACGACGAUCAUCAGGUCAUAUAUGCUGGUCAUCACGGUCACCACAGACGACGGCGAGACAUCAACACCCCACUACCGUACCAGGGCUGGACGGAAUACCAGAAUUAGAUUUUAUUAACUUAUUUAUUUAAUUUAUUGUAAAUAAAUAUUUAUUUUCAACAUUA